UGAUUGCUGGGAUUAAAGGUGUGUGCUAUGAGGCCCCGCUGAAAUUUGUUAUUUUAUGUAUGCAUUUUGAGACAGAGUCUCUGUAGCAAGUUUCAUAUAGACCAUGCUGGUUUUGAAUUUGCUGUAUAAGGGAGAUUGCGUGAUCUUCUGUUACUGGAUUACAGGCCCGAGUGACCAGGCCAGGCUUUGUAUGAGAUUUGGUGGGGCAGCUCUGUGCCUCAAAGCUGCAGGUUCUGCGUCUGACAAAGUGGAAAACACCUCCAUUCUGUAGGGCUUUCCCAUGGUUCCAGCACCCUGGUGGGUCAGCUGUUAACUACAAAGUCAGAUCCUGUGCAGGUCUAACACAUUCACAGGGCUGUCCAAGUCUAAGAGUCUUCCGUAAUGGUUCAGGAAAAGAAAUCUGCUGCUUAUCAGUGGCUGUGGAUCUGGCAGGUGGCAGGGAGGGUCCAGCCUCAAGACGCUGAGCUGUCGCCAGCAUCCUUCCCCCGGAGCCCCAGAGGUGAGCACAGGGUUGGGACUGUCAAUCUGACAGGUGGCAGGGAGGGUCCAGCCUCAGGGCACUGGCCUAUCCGCAGCAUCCUUCCUCGGGGGCUGGGCAGGUCUCGAACGCAGGGCUGGGACUGCCAAUCAGACGGUAGGAAUGGACGGUCCAGCCUCAGAGCUGUCUGCAGCAUCCUUCCUCCGAAGCCGGUGAGCUGAGCGCAGAGUGGGACUGUCAAUCAGACGGUAGGAAUGGAGGGUCCAGCCUCAGGGAGCUGAGCAGUCCGCAGCAUCCUUCCUCCGGAGCCGGGCAGGUCACCAUGGCUGUUCUUGGCUCCCUUGCUGUCUCCAGCUGUCCCCCAGGUUACCUCCCCGCCAUGCUGCCUGUGUCCCGAGGGUGUGCACAGAUUCCAGUGGAUCAGAAACUUGGUUCCGGAGUUUGGAGUCUCCAGCUCUCACGUCAGAGUGCUCUCUUCCCCUGCAGAAUUCUUUGAGCUCAUGAAGGGGCAGAUACAAGUAGCCAAGAGGCGGGUUGUGAUGGCAUCCCUCUAUCUGGGGAUAGGUCCUUUGGAACAGGAACUGGUGGACUGCCUGGAAAGCACUCUAGAAAAGUCACUGCAAGCAAAGUUUCCUUCUGGUCUCAAGGUCUCCAUUCUCCUGGAUUUCACUCGGGGCUCAAGGGGCAGGAAGAACUCUCGUACCAUGCUGCUCCCGCUCCUGCAGCGGUUUCCUGAGCACGUGCGCGUCUCCCUCUUCCACACGCCAAACCUCCGAGGGCUCCUCCGACUCCUUAUCCCUGAGCGAUUCAACGAGACGAUCGGCCUCCAGCACAUCAAGGUGUACCUCUUUGACAAUAACGUCAUCUUGAGCGGAGCAAACCUGAGCGACUCCUACUUCACCAACCGCCAGGACCGCUAUGUGUUCUUGCAAGACUGUGCUGAGAUCGCAGACUUCUUCACAGAGCUGGUAGACGCAGUGGGGGAUCUGUCCCUGCAGCUGCAGGCUGAUGACACAGUGCAAGUGGUGGAUGGGAUGGUACAUCCUUACAAAGGUGACAGGGCUGCGUACUGCAAAGCUGCCAAUAAGCGGGUCAUGGAUGUGAUCCAGUCAGCCAGGACCCGGCAGCAGAUGCUGCAUGCGCAGACCUUCCAUGGUGACUCUCUGUUAAGCCAGGAAGAGGCCGCUGCUGCCGGAGACCGGAGACCAGUGCCUGACACCUGGAUUUACCCGCUGAUCCAGAUGAAGCCUUUUGAGAUUCAAAUAGACGAGAUAGUUACGGAGACCCUGCUGACUGAGGCCGAGCGAGGGGCUAAGGUCUUUCUCACCACUGGCUACUUCAAUCUGACUCAAGCCUAUAUGGACCUGGUCUUAGGCACACGGGCCGAGUACCGGAUCCUGCUGGCCUCACCUGAGGUGAACGGCUUCUUUGGGGCCAAGGGUGUGGCUGGCGCCAUCCCAGCUGCCUAUGUGCACAUUGAGCAACAGUUCUACCACGAAGUGUGCAGCCUGGGGCAGCAGGAGCGGGUCCUGCUGCAGGAAUACCAACGCAGGGGCUGGACCUUUCAUGCCAAAGGCCUCUGGCUGUACCUGGCAGGGAGCAGCCUGCCCUGUCUCACGCUGAUUGGCUCUCCUAAUUUUGGGUACAGGUCAGUUCACCGGGACCUGGAGGCCCAGAUUGCCAUUGUGACAGAGAGCCGAGCCCUGCAGCAGCAACUCCAUCAGGAGCAAGAGCAGCUCUACCUGCGCUCAGGCGGCGUGUCCUCCACUACCUUUGAGCAGCCAGGUCGGCAGGUGAAGCUGUGGGUGAAGAUGGUGACUCCACUGAUCAAGAACUUCUUCUGAAGACACACAGGGAUGGCCUUGAUGAAGAUGACGGGCAUGGCUGGCGUCAGAUCCUUCAGCUUUGCUUCGGCGAUGACUCCGGUCUGGGUAUCCCAGCGAGCUCCUGUGGGGGCAGUGUGGCGAGGUCAGGGCAGCCCUGGUGGGCCUGAGCUGUCUGGAGUGCUGGCACCGAGGCACUGGCAGGGAGAGGCCUGGCCUUGCACCUCCCCAACCUUUCAGGGACAGGCCAGUAUCCCGUGACCCCUGAAAAGUUCUGGCCAGGUGCCAGGGGCUGAACGUGCCAAACACGGAGGUGUGAACUGAGGACCUGCUGGCGGACUGUGCGUGUGCUAACGGCUCUGAGGAACAGCCUGGCACUACAGCUCUGGGGCUGCGUCUGUACAGAUCCGUUGUGUUUUCAGAGCCUCAUCUCAGCCUUCAGUGGCAGGAAAUUGGAAACACAGCUGAUGAUUGCAGCUAUGAUCCCUGACUCCGUGUGAAAUGUCUACCCGGAGUGCACGUAUGCUGUAAACUGUGUAUGUGCCUAUGUAAACCCUGUCUGCUGCUCUGUCUCAUCAUCCUAUUUAAUGAUGUUCAUAUUUCCUGUGUAGUAUCCCACAAUAAACAUGGAGAACAGUUA